AUGCUGUCGAGACAACUGCCCCGGCUCGUCACCAGACGGGCGCGCUUCCCCCAGCCCGCCCGCCGGCUCCGCUACCAAUCCACCAGCACCGCCUCGUCCUCGUCCUCGCCGUCCAGCUCAAACUUUGCGACCGGCGUCGUGGGCGGCGUGGUCGGCGCCGCGGUCGUGUUCGGCGUCUACUCGUUCACGCCGGCCGGCCGCACCGCCUCCAGGCUCAACAAGGCCGCCGCAGAGGCCGCGAGCAAGUACGACGCGGCCGCCAAGGCCCUGCAGAGCAGCCCGCCCAGCGCCGACCAGGCCGUCGAGUCCAUCAAGCGGUUCGCCUACUCGUACCCGGCGUGGAUCCCGGGCGGCAGGGGCUACGUGGACGCGGCGUUCAAGGACUGGGAGGCGGUGCGCGACAGCCACAAGGACGAGGUGGACGCCAUCGUCAACGACACGUACAAGAAGCUGGGGGACGUCUCCAAGGCGGGCCUGAGCCUGGAGACGGCGUCGAGGGCCGUCGACGUGCUGGCCGAAAUGUCGAGGCGCAUCGCGGAGCUGUCCAAGGACGCGCUCUCGGACAUACUGGACAACCACCCCCGGGUCAAGGACAAGUUUGGCGGCAGCAUCGACGAGCUCAAGGCCAUGGCGGAGAGCUACGGCCCCGAGGCCAAGAAGCAGGUCGACCAGACGUGGGCGCAGUUCAGGGACGUUUUGGCCAGCGGCGUGUCGGACGAGAGCCUGGCCAAGGCGCGCAAGCUGCUCGAGGAGAGGGCGCAGCAGGUCAGGGGCCUGGGGGACGAGGCGUGGAAAAGGGGCAUGGAGGCGGCCAAGCCGUACCUGGACAAGAACCCCCAGGUCAAGACGCUGCUCGAGGAGAAUGCCGAGGCUUUGAAGAAGGGCAGUCUGUCGCAGCUGUUUGACCGGCUCCGCUCGGCUGAGAGGUCGGGCAGCGUGGAUGAGCUGCAGGAGUACGUACGGGGCGCUGCUGAGAAGGCCAGGAAGGCGGCAGAGGGCUCCGGGCUGCAGAAGUACUUUGACGCGGUUCCGCAGGGCGGCGAGGUGGUGAAGAAGCUGCGGCAGAUCGGGGACGUGGCGGCGAAGCACUGGGACGAGGGGGAGCAGCUGCUCAAGGACACGGUUGAGGAUUUGAAGAAGGUGUUGGAGGACAAGGAGAAGAGGGCGCGGGAGAUUGUGAGCGAGGCGGAGAAGAAGGCUGCGAGGGAGACCAAGAAGAAGACGGAUUAA